AUUGCUGCAGGAAUCCUGAUUCCUGCAGCAGGAAAGCUUGUGGUUAUCGUGGAAAGUGAUGGAUUAGUAAAAUACUCGUAGUCAGUCAUAGGUACCAGUGAUAGGUACCCGUCAGGCCGUCACUGAGCUUGUCUUCGGUACAGGAUGUCAAACACUGAGCUAGUGAUUUCAAGUCAUUGAAGUCAUAAACAAAAGAAAGAAAAGGACAAUGGCAACAUCUUUUCUUUUAAACAAUACUCACCUUUUAAAGGGAGUGAAACCGUUUAAGGAGAGAAUGAAAGAACAAACCACCAAAGUUAUUCAGCUGAGUGAUUAUUUAAAAGAAUUCUUGCUGAAAAUCCAAAAUGAAGGAUUGUAUGAGGCCUAUUUGGAAUACGGCGACAAUCCACCUCGCCCAUCUCCUCCGAAAACAGGCGCACCGCGGCAAUUUGUACCACCAGACGAUAUUGAAUAUGACGUGAUUAUUGUUGGAGCUGGUAUGUCUGGUCUUGCCGCAGCGUAUGAGUUGAAGAGAGCUGGGCUAAAAGUGAAAAUACUGGAGCAGACUGAUCGUUAUGGUGGAAGAGUUUUCACUUAUGGGGAAGAUGCAGGCCUUGCACCCGGUCUAUUUGGCGAAGCCGGAGCGAUGAGAUUUCCUGGUGGUGUGGAUGAACCAAAUGAAAGAGCGCAUUUUCUAACGGAUAGAUAUGUCACUGACUUUGAACUAGGCAUCAAAAAGUUUCCAAAUUUUGAUGAAAAAGUCAUUUCCAAUAUUUACGGAUUAAAGGAAUUAACAUCGACCUGGAAAGGAAAGCAUUUCGACACCAUUUGGCCAAAAUGGAGGGAAAAAAUUAAUACAGGAAGCGUCGAUGUUAAAGAUAUUGACGAUUAUUACAGCAAAACAACCGGCGUUGUCACGGAUCAAUUGAUUGCCUGGUUGAAUAAAACAACCACCAUUGAAGAGGAAAUUGCAGUUUGGGAACGCUGGAUCGAGAUUUGGAGCCAGUUUACAUUCGAAAGCUUUCUGGAGAGCAAUGUUAAGGUUAUUCUUGCAAAAUUGGAAAGCGAAGACGAAGACGGGUGUGAUAAUCUGGAUUCAUUAGACAUUGACAUGCUUGGAAACCUUUUGCCUUGGCCUAACGAUGCCGUUCGUGGCUACUCGGUGUUUUCUUACGCAGAGCAAGUGAAUCAAUCAUUGAUUCAGUAUCUUAUUGAUGAUCUGGCAAACUGGUGGUCACCUGAUAUGCACACCUUGGUUGGUGGUAUGCACAGCUUACCUAAAGCAUUCUUCGAUUCAAAACGACCGAAAUCGUUGAGUUCUGAUGAUUUGAAACAUAACCAGCAAGUUCGCAAGAUUUCUUAUUAUUCCUCGUCCUCUGACCCUAUCAAGGAUUAUGCUAUCGUAACUUGCUACGCGACAGGAAAUGAAUUAGAAGAACCUACAUACACUGCACGGGCCGUAAUCGUUACCGCCCGAGUCAACCUAUUGCGGCAAAUUACGUUUGCCCCAAUUCAACCAAGCCAGGGAGACAGAGAUGCCCUCAGAAAGAAUCUUCAAGCCAUUGAAGACAUGUUCGCUUCACCUGCCAUGAAGAUUAUCCUGCAAACGAGGACCAGAUUCUGGGAAGAGGAGAAGUACGGCAUCAAAGGUGGCUUUUCUAAGACCAACCUACCCAUCGGUCAAAUACAUUACGUUAAACCGGAUGUCGAUUCCACCAAGCAAGGAAUAAUUUUGAUCUACAUCUGGAAUAAUGAAGCACUGCUUUUUGGUUCUCUGACCCAAGAGCAGGCAGAGAAGGAGGCCAUUGAGCAAGUUGGAGAAAUUCACCCUGAGAUCAAAGAAGAAGGAGCAGUUGAAAAAUGCAUUGUCCAUGCUUGGUACAACCAACCCUCUUAUCGAGGUGCCUAUGGACUCGUGAAGACCACUCAAUUCAACAAUAGCAGAUAUUUGUGGGAACCAAUGGGAAAUGUGUAUUUCGCUGGCGAUAACAUAGCAUUUACGGCUGGCUGGAUUCAAGGAGCUUUGGAAAGUGCCUUUAAAUCAGCGUAUCAAGUUUAUGUCCGUCACAUGGAGAGAAGGAAAAAGGCAAAGAAUAGUUGAAUGGAUUUAAGACAGUUUAGAAGAAACUUCAUAAGGAAUCAAUACUCGUUUUACUGUUGAUUAACAUUCCCUAGUAUCACUUUAUUAAUUUUUAGUUAAGUAACAUUUAGAAGAAUAAAUAGCCCUUAGUGUAAACGUUUUUGUAACUAUCGCAUGGGACAUCAGUUAAAUUCAUUAGUUAGCUAAUUAUAUUAAAAUUGAUUUAAUGAUGAACGAUU